UGCCGCCGCGGGAGAAGGAGAUGCUUCCGCUCUCCGCAUCUGUCAUCUACUCCAACACUUCCACCAACCUAUCGCCAAGGUAACUUCUGGCCGGCGCCUAUCCAAAUCCGUCGAGACCAACGCCACGCCACCAUAGUAGCUAGCUGCCCCAGCCCCUUCCGAGCCGCUGGCCUGACCGGCCAUGUAUUGCCUCGCCGCGUCGCCGGCGGCGAGGGCCGCGGCCCCUCUCCUCUUUCCUCCUGCUCCUCCUCCUCCGCGGCUGGCUUCGCGGUCUCCGGAUGAGCUGCAUCGCGCUGUAUGGGGGAGGGCGACGGGAGCAGGCGCCGUGCGCAGGCAGCGGAAGGCGCUGCGGCGGUGCUCCUCCGCCGGCGAGUCCAGGCCGGCAGGCGAUGGAGGCCUAUCCAGUUUUUGCAUAAUCGAAGGUCCAGAGACGAUACAAGACUUUGUUCAGAUGCAAUCACAAGAGAUUCAAGACAACAUCAAGAGCCGUCGUAACAAAAUUUUCCUUUUGAUGGAAGAGGUCAGACGAUUGCGGGUCCAGCAGCGAAUCAAAAGUUCUGAAAGGAGAGGUUCAAGCAGUGAAGAAAAUGAAAUGCCCGAAAUUCCAUCUAGUAUUCCAUUUUUGCCUAAUACGUCACCGAAGACAAUGAAGCAGCUUUAUUUGACAUCAUUCUCAUUCGUAACUGGGAUAAUCUUUUUUGGAGGCUUGAUAGCCCCAGUACUUGAGCUGAAAUUAGGGCUAGGUGGUACAUCUUAUGAAGAUUUUAUAAGGACCAUGCACUUGCCUCAUCAAUUAAGUCAGGUAGAUCCCAUUGUGGCAUCCUUUUCAGGUGGUGCAGUUGGUGUAAUCUCAUCAUUAAUGUUGGUUGAAAUUAGAAACGUCAGGCAGCAGGAGAAGAAAAGAUGUACAUAUUGCCAUGGGACUGGAUACUUGCCAUGUGCUCGCUGUUCUGCUAGUGGAAUAUUAUUGAACACCAAGAAUUUUUCACUUUCAUGUGACAAUCACCAUAAUAUGUGGUCUACGACUGAAAGGUGCCCCAACUGUUCAGGAGCAGGAAAGGUGAUGUGCCCAACUUGCUUGUGCACAGGAAUGGCAAUGGCAAGCGAGCAUGACCCACGGAUAGAUCCCUUCGAUUAGUGUUGAGCGAUUGGAUCCGUGGCUUAGUUUCUCUUCAUGGUAGAGCAGUUAAAUACCUAAAUAAAAUCGACACAGUUGGCAUUUUUUCUUUGCGUUGCUGUGAUGAAACCUGAAUACAGAAAAAUGAAGGCCAGAUCACAUACCGAAGGCGAAAAGUUGUAAUUGUAUCAUGAAUUUUACUGUAAAAAAACCAUGGUUUGUGGUGAACCUUUCUCCUAAUCAAAUGUCAGCUUUAAAUAUUUCUGCCAUUACCACAAAAUGACAGUUUGGC